UGCUCUUGACAAAGGUUGCAUCAACUCUUCCCGGAAGGAUGAUUAGGAAGAACCAUAUAAAAACCCAGAGGACACUGAGGAACCUCAUCAGAUUCCCUCAGCACAGAGACACUCCAUUUGAGAUCUUGCAGAAACUGAUCCACACAACCAGUUCAGCAAAUAUGUCUGCCCAGUGGAACCAAUGCUUCGCCAGCUGCCCUGCCUCCACCGUCACAAUUCAGCCACCUCCCUUCGUCCUGACCAUCCCAGGGCCAGCUCUCUACUACUGCCCUGACCAACCCUUUGGCAUUGAGCAAUACAACCCUUGCGCUCGUAUGGUUCCAUACCAUGAGGGGGGGCGCCGUGGUGGAUACAGCUCCUUCUACAGUGGUCCAGCCUCUGGUCUGAGCUCAUCGAGCAUCUAUUCCAAAAGAUUUGUGUCAAGAAGUGAGGGUGGAUGCAACUCUUGCCAGUGAUAUUGAAGCUCUGAAGACCUCUAUCCACGUAAUGAAUAUGUUGAGGAUCAUGGACUAAGAAAUCAAGAGAUUGGCUCCAUUGAAUUUGUAGGCAUGGUUUCUAGAAAUGUAUGUUUAACAUGUACAUGCCAUUGUGUUAUAAGCUAGUGAUUUUCAAAACCUUUAAACCAUCAAGGCCCUGUUCUACCUUGCUGUGAAUCGCCUGUGCAUCUGUCAAGAACAAGUAUUGCAUCAAUGAGCAUUCUUCUUCGGUUCUUCUUGGGCCCUGAAGAGGUCCUGUUUGCUCUGCUGGAGCUCACAGGGAGGCAAUGUUCCUCCAUGGCUACAGAUUUUGGGAGACAAGCAUGGACAAACUAUGUGCCAACAUCUAUAGAUCUCCUUGUGAAAAUCCUGAUUGAAUU